AUGAGUUUAAAACCCUUCACCUACCCGUUUCCAGAAACGAGGUUUCUUCAUGCAGGACCCAAUGUGUAUAAAUUCAAAAUUAGAUAUGGCAACAACAUCAGAGGGGAAGAGAUAGAGAAUAAGGAAGUCAUCGUCCAGGAGCUGGAGGAUUCUAUUCGUGUAGUCUUGGGAAACUUGGACAAUCUGCAGCCAUUUGCUACAGACCACUUCAUUAUAUUUCCCUAUAAAAGCAAAUGGGAGAGAGUGUCCCACCUGAAAUUCAAACAUGGGGAAAUUGUCUUGGUCCCUUAUCCAUUUGUUUUCACUCUAUAUGUGGAGAUGAAAUGGUUUCAUGAAAACCCGUCACCUGGGGAGUCAAUAAACGACAGUCCUCUUGGAUUGGUCCUAGCAGAGAGGAAAACAGCAGGAGCCAUGAUGAGGAAACGAAAACGAGCGGAAGUGCCCAGCUCCCCCAGCAGGCCAGCGCUGGACAGAACAGAGAAAGAAAAACCCACCAGGAAUGGCAGGAGACCCCAACAUUUAAUAUCACUGAUACCCAGGAACAGGAUUCUAAGUGGGAGGACAGCCUAGCAGGGCAGAUUAUCCCCCCACUGCAGCAAAACAACCCAUCUCCACCU